AUGACUCUCGAAGCUACUCUUCGUCCAACUCUGCAGGCGAUGUGGGGAAAGGGCUGUCCAUCGCAAAACAAAGAGGAAGGAAAGGAACCCGAUUUCAGCCACAUUCUCUCCUUCUAUGACCCAAACGCCCUUGAAAUCAAUGUCAAGGAAAAGAAGAUCUACAGAGGACACGAAGAAAUCACCGAGCUUUUCAAGGAGUGGAUGAGCUGCGGAUCAAAUUGGCAAUGCAAGACUGCCGAUGAAUCGUUCACGGGAGGUGAGGACUUGAUUCGUUAUGCUUUUGAGAUGACUCUUCAUGUGAAUGAAGAGACAAAAGAUGGUUAUCGACAAGACCCAGUACUGGAAGAAACAUGGCGACAAGUACCUGAUGGAAGUCGAUUAUUACGUGAUCAAGACCGCAAACAUUUAAGCCUCGAAAUGAUGUGCACUCUUGAGGUCAGCCUUCGUCCAUUCAUCCAAUCGAUCGAGAAAGCCGGAGUCGAUCACGACAACAAUGCCUACGACAAUCACUACUUCGAGAACGCGCUUGUGAUCGAUGACAAGAAGAAGACCGUGCUCGUUGGACGUGCUGAAGUCAGCGCCACAUUCGCUUCGUGGAAAGAGUUGGGUAAAUUCAAGAUUCAGGCAUCGAAUGAAUCUUUCUCGGGAAGCGCUGACAUCAUUCGUUAUGCUGCUCGACAGGCACUCGAGUUCGAGAGUGGAAAGAAUAUGACUUUCGAUGUUGUUCAGUAUUGGCGUCGUGACGGCGAUUGUUAUUUGAUCGAGGUCGAGCGUUAUCACGAGAUC